CACAGCGUGGGGAGGGGGAGUGAGCAACGCUAGCCUCAGUCACUGCACAGUCACAUCCCUUAGGCUGCACAUCAGCACAUUGGUCUUUCCUAAUUCAUCUCCCAUUGUGGUUCGAUUUGUCUCUGGAGUAUCAUCAAUUUCUUACCCUCCCUCACUGCUUUUUUCAGGGGGAGGUAAGAGGGAUUUAAAGCCCCGAAGAUGGCGACCGGGAUGAGCUGGCAGCAGCAACAGCAUUAUUACGGCGGAGGGGCUUCUGCCAGCGCUGCCAAGUUUGUGCCCUCGUCUCCUGGUGUGAUGGCACAUCAAGCCGGUUUGAAUAUGGAGUACACUGCAGACCUGCACCUUAAGAUGAGCAAGAAGAUAGCACAGCUGACCAAGGUCAUAUAUGCCUUAAACACUAGGAAUGAUGAGCAUGAAUCAGGCGUACAAGCCAUAAAAGAAGCUCAUGAAGAAGAGAUUCAACAAAUUAUUGCUGAAACUCGGGAAAAAAUUAUACAAUAUAAAAAUAAAGUAUCAGAGGAAACUGAACUGAAAAGGAAAAUCCAAGCACUAGAGGAGUCACUAGAAGAGCAUAAAAAGGUGAAGCACCAAGCACUCACUGAAUUUGAAGUUUACAAACACCGAGUAGAAGAUAUGCAACUUUGUGCAGAAGCCCAGCAUGUACAGAGGGUUGUGACUAUGUCACGGGAGGUAGAGGAGAUUAGGAAGCGAUUUGAAGAAAGGAUAAGAAGUUUCAUGCAACUUCAAGUACAGUUUGAGAAAGACAAGCGUUCAGCCCUUGAGGAACUGAGGGCAAGUCAUAGAAUAGAAAUGCAAGAGCUCCUGAAAGCUCAACACAACCAAAAUGCUACCAUAAAUAAGGGGCAAGAAACACUGGAGGAGAUGUAUCAAUUGCAAGUGGAGGAUCUCAACAAAAAGUUGGAAGACCUACGAGUAGAGAGGAAAAAAAUAGUUGAGGAUUAUGAAGGGAAGCUAAGUAAAGCCCAGGCAUUCUAUGAACAUGAAUUGGAAGCACUGAAAAGAUCUCAGCUCUUUACAGCGGAGAGCCUGAAUGUUUGUAAACAGAAAGAAACAGAACUAAAGAGGGAAUUUCAGAAUCAAGAAGCCAAUUUACAAAAGAACCUUGGAAUCCUUAAAACAGAAUUUCAGGUUGUACAGGAAGAAGCUGCAAGUCUGAGAGAAAAGUGCCAAAAACUUCAGUCUUCCCUAUGUGCAGCAGAAAGCAAUGUUCAAGUCCUUCAAAAACAGCUGGAAACUGUGAAGCAGGAGGAGAUGUCCUUACUAAGCAAACACAAAGACAUGGAAAGCGAGCUUGCAGCUGCUCGGGAACGUCUACAGCAGCAGGCUACAGAACUUGUGCUAAAAGCUAGUCACAUUGGAAUGCUACAAGCCACACAGAUGACACAAGAAGCCACUAUACAGGACCUGGAGUCAGAAAAGGCUAGGAUAAAGGAGAAAAUAAUCAGACUUGAAGAAGAGCGGACUCUGCUGCAAACCAAAAAUCAAAACCUAGAUGAACGGCAAAGGCAACAGAUCCUUGCACUGGAGAAAAAAAUCAAUGAAGCAAAACAGACCCAACGCGAAUGCUAUGAGAAAGAACUGAUUAACCUGCGCAUCAAAUUUGAGGAGGAGAUGGUGCAGCUAAAAGAAGCUCAUGCAAAAAUGUUAGAAGAGAUGUCAUGGAAACAUCAAGCAGCGCUUGAGGCAGCACAGAGCUCUACAAAUAAGGAGAAGAAGAAGCUACAGAUGGAUCUCCAGCAGCUAUAUGAAAAGGAAAAACAAGAAGUAGAGGAGGAUAAAAAUCAACUGAAGCAACAACUUGAAACUCUUAAGGAGGAGCUGACAAACAAAUUGACAAAUGCCAAUCAAGAGAUUUGUCGACUUCAAGACUUGGUGAAGAAAAGUGAACAAGGACUUGGAUCUGCUGAGUGUCAUAUAACAAGUCUGAAAGAUGCCCAGGACAGGCUUCAAAAUGAGCUUGAUGUAACACGAGAAAGACUGAGAGAGACCAGUGAUUCCCUGUUUGCUGUUCAGGGGGAGGCGGAAAAGGAAAGGCAUAAGCAUGGGUCAGUGAUAUCUGCCAUGCGUGAAGAAGAGAGGUUGAAGAUGGACAAAGUAGCACGAGAUCUUGAACUAAAAUGGACCGAGACCCUCAGGCAAGAAUGCAGUAAACUACGAGAAGAACUGAGGAUACAACAUGAUGAAGAAAAGAAGGCUGCAAUGGCUCAGCUCCAGCAACUGAAGGAACGAGAAAUAAAUACAGCAAAGGACAGCUGGCAGAAGAAAGUAGAGGACCUUCUAGACCAGAUCUCGCUGCUGAAACAGAACCUAGAAAUGCAGCUGUGUCAGUCCCAGAAUGCUUUGCAGCAGCUGCAGUCACAGUUUAGUCAAGAGCGACAACGUCUGACUCGAGAGCUUCAAGAACUGGAGAAGGAGCACCAGCAGAGGCAGAAGUCACUGCAAGAAGCACACAUGUUAGCAUUCCAAAGUAUGGAGGAAACAAAGGACCAAGAGCAAAAAGAUUUGGAAGAUCGCUUGCAUCAAAAAUACUCAGAGGAGCUCCAAUCUGUAAAAGAUGCCCACAAGCAGGUCAUGGACAUGCUGCGAGUGGAGAUGGAACAGGAGCUGCAGACCUUGCGCUUUGAAUUAGAAGACGAAGGCAAAGCCAUGCUAGCAUCUCUGCGCUCUGAGCUCAAUCACCAGCAUGCGGCAGCCAUUGACCAGUUAAGAAACCAUCAUCAUCAAGAAAUGGAAGCUGCUGCAGAAGAACUUGAAAGACAUCAGGGUCUCAGCAGACAUCAGGAGUCUGAGCUUUUAGGGCGAAUAGCAGAGCGUGAAAAGCAGCUCAGACAUCAAGAACAGCAUGUGGCUAAUCUCAAUAAGGAGCUGAUGAUACUACAUGAGAGCAUAAACACUCUUACUAAGGAACUGGAGUUCAAGGGAAAAGAGAUCCUUAGAAUACGUAGUGAGGCCAACCAACAAAUUAGGGUACAUGAGCAAGAUUUAAACAAGAAACAUGAAGAGGAUAUGAAUGGCUUAACAGCGGCCCAUCUCAGGGAGAAGCAAGCAAUUAUGGCAGAAUUUGCAAAGGCACAAGCAAUGCUCAUGGAAAAAAAUGCCUCAUUAAAAGUUUCGUUAACAGAAAUGGAGGAAAAAUAUCAGAACAGAGAAUCCAGGCCAGAGGAUCUGCAGGUCAUCUCUGAAUUAAAGGACAUGGUUGCUGAACGGGAUCAACUUAUCAAGAAACUAAUUGAAGACAAGAAAUUCUAUCAACUCGAAUUAGUCAACCGAGAGACCAACUUCAACAAAGUGUUUAAUGCAAGUCCCAAUGUUGGCGUUAUCAAUCCCCUAGUAAAGCAAAAGAAGAAGAAUGAUAAGUCUACAAACAGGUUUGUGAGUUCCCCUAACCUAAGUGCAGUGGAGACUGCUGUAAUGGGAAACGGACACCCUACACGACUGGAGCCCAUACCAAACUCACCCAUCCACGAUAUUGAGUUCAACAGCAGCAAGCCUCUGCCACAGCCUGUACCACCCAAAGAGGCCAAGACCUUUUUGAGCCCUCCCCAGAAUGAGACUUCACCGGUGGCAUCACCAGACCCGCAACACCAGGAAUGGUUUGCCCGAUACUUCACUUUUUAAGAGACUGUAUUUGAUUAUUUCUCUCUUUCUAUUGUGGCACAGCUUUGAUGUGGACUGUUUGUACAAGCAUGACCUUGACAAAUCCUUAUGUGACCAAGCUUUGCCGUAACUACUGUCUGUUGAACACUGUGAGCGCGAGUCCUUGUCGCCAGUUGGAAAUGCACUGUUCAAUAACACUCUAUUUUGAUUUCAUUUCAGUCUGUGGUAAUCUUUGUUAGCAUUUUUAUUGAGUUAUGUUUCCAGACUUUAAAAAAAAAA